GGGGGCGACUCCUCUGGUCUGUUUGUACAGAAGUUUUGUAGUGUGGUGUUUAGUGUUUUCCUUUUGAUCUUGUUCAUCUGCAUCCUCCGCUGCUACUCCAUUUCAACUUCUUCCUGAACUAGUAAGGGUUCUAACAUGAGAAAUCCUAGAUGAACUUGCUUAUUUACUCUUAAUAUCGUUGGUUAUCAUUUCAGAUCAGACAUGCGACCCUCCCAUCUCCAGACAGCUAACAAGAACUAGCUAAACAACAACAUAAAUAUAAGCUAACGUCGUGCCAGCUAACAUUAGGUCCUAGAAACCCGACCGUCUUUAAGUACUUUUCUCACCAGUCCUCGAUCUCCUGCUCCCUUCUCCUGUCACUCGGGAACAAGAGAUACUUAAACUCCUCCACUUGGGGCAGGAACGCGUCUCUGACCUCGGCUGUGAACUGUUCCAGUGCGAGCUGGAGGCCAUUACCCAAUGAAGCCAACAGAAUCACGUCAUCUGCGAAAGGCAGAGAUAUCCUUAAGUCUUAAUUCAUCAUUUUAACUCACCAGGACUACUAGCUACUAAUCCAUACAAAACUGGCGACUUCAUCAACUGGCGGGUUACUGUGGCACCAGGGUACUGUUACACUGACAGAGUCAGAGAGACAGGGUUCAGUUCAGUUCUGUUGUUUACUGAAGCUGGACGGAAGCAGCUGUGCAUGGAGUGUAUAUGCUGUCACUGCCACAAUCCCUCUGGAUACACUUGUGGAGGCCCCUCCUGUCCUAAUGCCUUUACCGUAGGAACAUGACCCUCAACACCCAGAGAGAGAAGGAGCCCCUCCAAAGGCGAGGCAGCACUCCAGUUCAUCCCCUUUACCAGCAACCGCCUUGGAUCCCCAGCAGCACCCAACCCAACCCAGAGCAGCCCCGUCCCCAGCGCAACCACCCCCCUCUGGGACAGUCAGCGUCCUACCACCCUGGAGACAAGUCCCUCCAUUACCGUGCCCAGUGGAGUUCAGACUCUGAUGAUGACUCACAGAGUGAUUCGGACUGUGUUUACAGAGUAGUGUUGCUUGGUGAUCAUGGAGUCGGAAAGACUAGCCUCGCAGGAAUCUUUGCCGGGAUAACAGACAAGGAUGAACAACCUGGAGAAGACACAUAUGAGAGGACACUGACAGUAGAUGGAGAGGAAACCACGCUCAUCGUCAUGGACAACUGGGAGAACGACAAACUGGUUUCCUGUCAGGAGGGGGAGGAUGGCCCCUCUCACAAUGACUGUCUGAAGGUGGGGAGUGCUUACGUCAUCGUCUACUCGGUCACCGACCGCUCCAGCUUUGAUUCUGCUGCUGAGCUCCGCAUCACGCUCCGACGUACCCGCCAGGCCGAAAACCUUCCCAUCAUCCUCGUAGGAAACAAGAGUGACUUAGUCCGAUCGAGAGAAGUUGCUGUGGAAGAGGGCCGAGCAUGUGCAGUCGUGUUUGACUGCAAAUUCAUUGAGACGUCAGCGUCGCUUCAGCACAACGUGACCGAGCUAUUUGAGGGCGUGGUCCGACAGAUCCGCCUUCGUCGAGACAGCACCGAGGCCAUUCAACGCAGGCGCUCCGUUUAUAAACGGAAAGAGAGCCUCACUUGUAAGGCCCGGCGCUUCCUGGACCGACUGGUGGCACGUAACAACCAGCGCAUGGCAGUGAAAGUGCGGUCCAAGAGCUGCCACGACUUGGCCGUUCUGUGAAUUUGUCCGCCAGCAAGUUUUUUGACUCACUAGAGCUCUCUCUGGUCGUGAUAAUAAGGACGUUAGAGUCUCCGGUGAUUCUAACGCGCAGCGCCAGACAAGUUCAGCAGUGAACUACAUCAGACAGUAACAUAGUUACUAUGAUCCUGUUGAUCAUGUUUGAGCAUCUGGUGUUAACAUUUGUGGAACUAUAACAGCAGAUGACUUAAAUAUUGAGAUACCAAACAGUUAAGUGUUCAAUGUUCAUUGUGAGAGUGUGUUCAGUGUGUGUGGAUCAUGUAAUGUAGUUUCCACUGUGUCGCUUGUGUUGUUUUCCUGAGGUUUUGACUGUUUUUAGUUCCCCACUGUGCAGAAUAAAGUCUUAAUUAAGUCUUAAAGGAAUAGUAAUCUCAAAAUCACAUUUUUCACAAAGAACAUGAUAUUGAUAUGUUAUUAUUUAUGAUGAUGCCAUAUUUGUUUCCAAGUUAACUGCUUUUUUGAAAAUUAUUUGAAUUUACUAACUGCUUUUUGUGUCUAUUUUUAAAGGAUGCAUGUGGCCACUGUGCCAUCAACUCAGACUGUCACUUGGUUUUUGAAACCAGUGAUGUCCGUAGUUAGAAAAUGGAGUGCUAGACAGCUUAGUUAACAAGCUACAAGACAUGUAGCAUCAUAGCACAGAUGUAGAUUCCUGCUGAUUUGAGUUUUCACUCACCAACUCAACAGCACCCUACUGAAUAGGGUGUAGUCUUAUUAGACAACAAUCAAUUCUACCGGAAAUUUAAAAGCCUCCGACAGGACACCAACACUGCAAACAUGGUGAAGAAGUCAAUUUCACUGACUUGAAUGAGAAGAGCUGUGGUGUGAAAACGGAUACCAGAUAUUGCCUGUGUUGGUACACCUCAACUUUAAGCCCUAAAAUUGAAAAGGAUUUUUUUAAAAUCAUCUAACCACCAUGAAUGGUGGAUGGAUGAUUGGCAUUUUAAGCGCCAAUCUCCGGAUUUGCUUCUUAAUACCUGAAAUUUGUUCAGAAUUUGGCUCUUCUGCUUUCUCAUCUAAUAUAAGCUGCUAACAUUAGCAAUUUCAGCUAACUAGCGUAAGCCAAGCACUGGCGCAUCAUAAACUAACAUUAACUAACAUUUUGUUGGGUUACAGGUUAAAUUUGAAAAAGCAAAGGACACACACACACACAGUGUACGCAGUUUCAUAUUUGUUUUCAGAGUGUACAGUUUCAUUUAUUUUGAAAUAUACUAGUUAAAUAUUCUCAUCCGAUUUAUUCUUUCCCUCCAGUUAAAAUCUUUUCUCUGCAGGAGACCCAGGGAUCAAAUCUGUGUUUCACUUCACAUAAACACACUGUCAGGCCUGCUGGAUAUUUACUGUUGUCUUGGUGAGCUGUGGCCCAUUGAAGAAGAGUUUGUUUACUGAGAGGUCGCCAUGACGACACAGUCACAUCUUGACAUCUCUGUAUGGUUGACAUAAAGCAGGUGAGUGUUUGGGAUGGUGACUUUUUAUGGGAUUGAACCUAACAUCUACCUGCUGGAAACACACAGUACUUACAGCAACUCCCAGUUUCCACUGUUAAAAUAUGAAUGUUGUGAGCACAAGUAAGACAGACAUGAAGGAUUAUGAAUAUGCAACCAACACGGAUGUACCUGCAUGCAAGCCUCCAAAAAAAUAUAUGAUUGGUUGAAAAGCAGGUUGUAAUGGAGAGAGAGCAACAACAAAGACAAAAACAAUAUUUUACUUCAGGAGCUAAUUUAAGGGAUCGGUUGUCCCACAUAUUUUGACACUGCCCCCUGGUGACAGUGCACAGCUACUACACAUAGACUAAGGCCUGAAAAACUCUAACAGGCCACAUACAGCCCACUUUGAUCAUCUUUUUCUACACGAUAAAUAAAAGCCUGCUGUGACAAAUCAAAACAUCUGUCAGCUUGACUCUUUGGACUUACAUUGUAAUAAAAAAAAUAAAAUUACAGAAAUAGUUCCUGCAGCUAAUUGCCCAGACUGUCCAGUUUGUUGUUGUUGUUUUUUGUCUUUUUUUAACUGUACUCAUAAAAAAUGAAUUUUACAGUAAAAAGUGAACAAGAUAAAUUUUUCUGUUUUUCACAAAGUUACAGAGGUUUUAUUAUACAAAUAGCUAAGCGUUUUGCGGUUUGACAUAAUUUGUAAAAGUUGAAAUUUCCUUGAAAUUGAAUUGCAAAAUUUUUUUGUCAGAGGCGGAAAAACAAAAAACAGUGGCCAACAUCACUGUACACAACAGUAGAGUGGUAAUAAGCAAGCAAAUAAUGCAUGAAAUCGAGAUCUCUUAUGGAAAACUGGUCUCAAAGCAAACAGAGAGCUAUGCAGGAAGUGCACUUUUUAUCAUGGUCAAAUUCAGGUAAUUCAUUACAAUGUUUUUCAAACGUGAAGUGUAGUUGUGGUCUUCUUUUGCUGUUGGUUCGCACUUUGUGUUUACAUAUUUUUGUAGAAUCUGUUUGGACUUUAAUUGUUUGCUGUUUUAGCUGUUCAGCGGUUGUUGAAAUGGUUUUGUGAGCUUUUAGCUGAUAUUCUGACAUUUCUGUCAAUACCACACAUGUCUAUAUUUAAAUAACAGAUCCAGCAGUAUAUCGUGUUAAACCAGAUGUUCUCCCUCUCGCCUCAGAGAGGUACAGAGAUUGGGGUUCAACAGGUUAAUUGUUUAUUGCUUAAUUACUUUGAAUAGUAUGAAUAACCAUUGGGAAGUUUUUUAUAAGUAGGAAAAGCUGAAAACUUAUGAAAAUACAGUUAAAAGUCCAAAAUGUGCUUGUUUGUGAUGAGCAGCAGAUCAAGCAAAUUAAGAAUUAAAAAUGGCUUCAAGCGCACAUUCAGGCCUGUGAGACUAAUUUAAACACUCAGACACUGAGCCAUGGCUCUGUGCUACAUGCACACAUUUCUGCAUCUCUGCUACUCAAAGCAGGGCUGAAGAUUCGGUUCCCAGAUACCGACAGGUCAUUAAUAACUGACAUAUGAAAUUAUCAUGCAGGAUGGAUAUAAGUCUAUCGUACAGGGCCAUAUGUUUGACACCUCUGAACUUCACCGUCUCAGCGACAUAUAUUCAACUCCUUUAAUCAGGUUUUACUGUAAGAUUUACUAAAAGAUUUAAGCUUAAAAAAUAAAACUUAAAAAUUAGGUUGCUACACAUUGUCAUAUUUCUAAAUAUUGGCCAUUCAAAGGAAGGUUUUAGUUAUAUUUUUUAACUGUGACUCAUGCAAAGCUACUCUUGUGGUGUUCCAGAAUAAAAGGAUGGCACUAGAGUAGGUCAUUUUAUCACACCAAAGGCAAUUUUCAUUGAAUCAGUUCAAGUCAAUUCAGUUUUAUUUAUACAGCACCAAAUCACAACAACUGUCACCUCUGGUUGUUUUAUACCAUAAGGUAAAGACCCUAUGACUGAGCACUUUGCAAUAGUAGGAAGG